AGAAAAACAAAGGGUGCGAGUGAGAGAUGCCCACAUUUUCCUUUAUCUUGGGUUUCUCGGUGUAUCUUUGCUUAUCUAUAGUAAAUGUAUCAUCAAACUUGACACCGAAAUUCAGAAGAGAUGAUUUUCCAUCUGACUUUGUAUUUGGUGCUGGAACGUCAGCUUAUCAGGUAGAAGGGGCAGUAGCAGAGGAUGGAAGAUCACCCUGUAUAUGGGAUACCUACACUCAUGAUGGUAAGGCUGUGGACAAUAGUACUGCAGACAUAGCCGCAGAUGAAUAUCAUAAAUACAAGGAAGAUGUGAAACUUAUGAGUGAAUUAGGUCUUGAAGCUUACAGAUUUUCCAUUUCUUGGUCAAGACUUAUUCCAAAUGGAAGAGGGGAAGUUAAUCCGAAAGGCUUGAAAUAUUACAAUAAUCUUAUCAAUGAGCUAAUUAAUCGCGGAAUUCAACCACACGUUACUCUCUGCCAUUUGGAUCUCCCUCAAAUUCUUGAUGAUGAAUAUGCAGGGUGGUUAAGCCCAAAUAUUAUUGAGGAUUUCACUGCCUACGCAGAGGUUUGUUUUAGAGAAUUUGGUGAUAGGGUUGCACAUUGGACUACCAUUAAUGAACCAAAUUCAAUGAGUACAUCAUCUUAUGACACGGGUAGAUGGCCCCCUCAACGAUGCACAAACCCAACUGCGGGGGAAGACAUUAAUUGUACAACGGGAAAUUCUUCAACUGAACCUUACAUAGCUAUGCAUAAUGCUUUAUUAGCACAUGCAUCAGCUGCAGCUAUUUACAAAGAAAAGUAUCAAGGCAAACAAAAGGGUGUAAUAGGGUUGAAUGCUUAUGCUUUUUGGUGUACUUCUUUUACAAAUUCUAGUUCUGAUAUCAAAGCAACUCAUAGAGCCCGUGAAUUCUUAAUAGGAUGGACCAUAAAUCCUCUAGUUUAUGGAGAUUAUCCUGACAUAAUGAGGGGAAAAGUUGGUUCUCGGCUCCCACAUUUCACGAAACAAGAAUCCGAACUCAUAAAAAGAUCCUGGGACUUCAUCGGGUUGAACCAUUAUUACACAGUUUACAUUGAAGAUGAUCCUAAGAAUAGUUCAGAAACUGCUGUCAUAGAUUAUUUUUCUGAUAUGGGUGUUAAAAUGGCAGGUUUCAAAGACAAUACACCUGUACCGGCCAGUCAGUUUUCUCUUAGUUCCUCGGCAUCCAAUCCUCCGGGUUUACUAAGCUUGCUUAACUACAUGAAGGACUCUUAUGGAAAUCCUCCUAUUUAUGUUCAAGAAAAUGGUUAUGGAGCACCACAGAAUGAGUCACUGAACGACAUUGAGAGGAUGAAUUACGUGAGUGGGUUCAUCGAAAGCACACUUCGGGCAAUCAGAAACGGAGCCAAUGCGAAAGGAUACUUUAUGUGGUCCUUCCUAGACGUUUUUGAGGUAUUGUUCGGGUAUCAAUCCCGAUAUGGACUCGUUCAUGUCGAUUUCGAUGACAAUCAGCUGAAAAGAACACCGAAAUUAUCAGCUCUGUGGUACUCUAAUUUUCUCAAGAAGAGGAGAAAUAAGUUGCAAGACAUAAACAUCGAAAAUAAGAAUAUAAAUAUCUUGAAUCUCGAAUGAUAAACUGGACUUUGGUUCAUCCACCGCUGUACUAAUAUAAUAUAAACUGUUAAAUUUACUAUCUACAAGUUCAUAAAGCGGUAAGCCCAUUAAUAUGCCUCACUAUAUAUGCAAGUAAGAUUUGGCUCCAUACAAAUCUUUGGAAGUAAAACUCUUUGCAAUAUUUGUUAUGAUGCAAAGAUACCAGGGAUCACUUCCUGGGUUUCAAUACAUAAACCUUGUAGCAGCAGUUAGAAAGUAUUUUUUUUUCAAUUGGG